GCGCCAGGGAACGCUUUUUUCCUUUUGGAUCUGUGGUUCGCGGUCUGUCCUGUAUCAAAAGACCUCUCCGACAGCCUCUCAGGAUGUGGGGCCUGCAAAGAAGAUGCGCUCAGAAGGCUCAGGAGGACUGAAUUGCAACUGCAGAAGCAACAACAAGUGAACCUUUAAAGAUGCACACGGGACUGUAUAAAGUGAAGAGAGUUACUGAAGAAACCAAUGAAGUAAGAAAAAAGUAUAUUUCCCAGGUUUAAUAGGGAAAACUUGCUUUCUGCAAACAACUGAAAAAGCUGCCUUUGGAAACUCUCUGGCCCUCAUGCAGCAGCUGGAACUUGUACUGUGAGGCCUUGACAGGACAAGCUGUCCCCAAGCCAUCACCCAGAGCGGUUGUCGCCAUGGCCAGCAAGCGGAAAUCCACCACCCCAUGCAUGAUUCCUGUGAAGACCGUGGCACUGCAGGAAGCCAGUGCAGAGGCCCAGCCCGCCGAGGCGCUGCCCGAAGGACCCCCGCCGGACCUGCCCCCAGAAGCGCCUGCCACCAGCAGCGAGGUCGCCCAGGCCUCCAGCAAUACCGACAGCGCUGCACUGGCCAACGGGCAUCAGAGCACUUUGGAUGGCUAUUUGUAUUCCUGUAAAUACUGUGAUUUCAGAUCCCAGGACAUAACCCAGUUUGUGGGACACAUGAACUCCGAGCACACAGACUUUAAUAAAGACCCGACCUUUGUAUGCACUGAGUGCAGUUUUCUGGCAAAAACUCCUGAGGGGCUUUCUCUGCACAAUGCCAAGUGCCACUCGGGUGAAGCCAGCUUUCUGUGGAAUGUGGCCAAGCCAGACAAUCAUGUGGUUGUAGAGCAGAGCGUCCCUGAGAGCACCAACACUCCUGACCCACUGGGCGAGCCCAGCACUGACGGGACCGAUGGACAAGCCGAAAUCAUCAUCACCAAAACUCCAAUCAUGAAGAUAAUGAAAGGCAAAGCUGAAGCCAAAAAAAUUCAUACGCUCAAGGAAAACGCCCCCAGUCAACCUGUUGUUGAGACCUUACCAAACCCACUAGCUGGGGAAACAGAGGCAAAAGAAGGGGACCACUCCUUUGUCAAUGGGGCGGUUCCAGUCAGCCAGGCACCCACCAACCCCGCCAAGCCUCCCCAUACGACCAAUGGGCCCCUGCUGGGGACAGUGCCAGUUCUGCCAGCUGGUAUAGCACAGUUUCUCUCUCUCCAGCAGCAGCCCCCAGCACAUGCCCAGCACCACACCCACCAGCCACUGCCCACCUCCAAGUCCCUUCCCAAAGUGAUGAUCCCCUUGAGCAGCAUUCCAACAUACAAUGCGGCCAUGGACUCCAACAGCUUCUUGAAAAACUCUUUCCACAAGUUCCCCUACCCAACCAAAGCUGAGCUCUGCUAUUUGACUGUGGUUACCAAGUAUCCAGAAGAACAGCUCAAGAUCUGGUUCACAGCCCAAAGGCUGAAACAAGGGAUCAGUUGGUCCCCCGAAGAGAUCGAGGACGCCCGGAAAAAGAUGUUCAAUACAGUCAUUCAGUCUGUCCCUCAGCCCACAAUCACCGUUCUGAAUACUCCUCUGGUUGCCAGUGCUGGCAACGUCCAGCAUCUCAUCCAGGCUGCCCUCCCAGGUCAUGUUGUGGGACAGCCGGAGGGCGCAGCAGGGGGACUUCUGGUCACUCAGCCACUGAUGGCCAAUGGGUUGCAGGCACCGAGUUCAUCUCUCCCUCUAGCAGUAACAUCUAUCCCCAAGCAGCCAACUGUUGCGCCCAUUAACACUGUGUGUUCAAACACGACAUCAGCAGUGAAGGUGGUCAAUGCAGCCCAAUCAUUGCUCACAGCGUGCCCGAGCAUCACUUCCCAAGCCUUCCUUGAUGCCAGCAUCUACAAAAAUAAGAAAUCUCAUGAACAGCUGUCAGCUCUGAAAGGCAGCUUCUGUCGGAACCAGUUCCCGGGACAGAGCGAAGUUGAGCAUCUGACCAAAGUGACCGGCCUAAGUACCAGGGAGGUGAGGAAAUGGUUCAGUGACCGGAGGUACCACUGCCGGAACCUGAAGGGCUCCCGGGUCAUGAUGCCCGGGGAUCCCAGCUCCAUCAUCAUUGACUCUGUGCCAGAGGUGCCCUUCUCCCCAGCGUCCAAGGCCCCUGAGGUGACCUGCAUCCCGACGGCAGCCACCCUGGCCGCCCACCCUUCUGCCAAACGACAGUCCUGGCACCAGACCCCUGACUUCACACCAACCAAAUACAAGGAGCGAGCCCCUGAGCAGCUCCGAGCCCUGGAGAGCAGUUUUGCACAAAACCCCCUUCCUCUCGACGAGGAACUGGACCGCCUGAGGACUGAAACCAAAAUGACCCGAAGAGAGAUUGACAGCUGGUUUUCUGAGAGACGGAAAAAGGUGACCACCGAGGAGACCACCAAGGCCGAUGGGAGUGCCUGUCAGGAGGAGGAGGAGGCCGCUGAGGGUGAGGGGGGAGCAGAGGAGGCGGCAGGUGACCAGAGGGUCCCUGGGGAGAAUGGCUCCCCAGAAGUGCCCAGCAGCCACACCUUGGCUGAACGCAAAGUCAGCCCCAUCAAGAUCAACCUGAAGAACCUGCGGGUCACUGAAGCCAAUGGCAAGAGCGAGCUACCCGGGCUGGGCACCUGUGACCCUGAAGACGAUGGGUCAAACAAGCUGGCCCUGCAGCCGCCCGGCAAGGUGAGCUGCAAAAAGACAGCACAACAGCGGCACCUGCUGCGCCAGCUCUUUGUGCAGACGCAGUGGCCGAGCACCCAGGACUACGACUCCAUCAUGGCCCAGACAGGCCUGCCACGGCCAGAGGUGGUGCGCUGGUUCGGCGACAGCAGGUACGCCCUGAAGAACGGCCAGCUCAAGUGGUACGAAGACUACAAGCGGGGCAACUUCCCACCAGGGUUACUGGUCAUCACCCCUGGCAACCGGGAGCUGCUGCAAGACUAUUACGUGACACACAAGAUGCUGUAUGAGGAGGACCUGCAGGGCCUCUGCGACAAGACCCAAAUGAGCUCCCAGCAGGUCAAGCAGUGGUUUGCUGAGAAAAUGGGCGAGGAGACCCGGGCAGUGGCAGACACAGGCAGCGAGGACCAGGGCCCCGGUGACCCUGCAGCAGUGCACAAAGGGCUGGGCGAUGCCUCUUCAGAGGUGUCUGAAAACAGUGAGUCGUGGGAGCCCAGUGCCCCUGAGGCCAGCUCAGAGCCCUGUGACAUACCAAGUCCCCAGGCUGGUCGUCAGCUGGAAACAGACUGAAUUGAACCGAUUACUGUGAAGGACUGGCCCAUCGGGGAUGCUGCCUGCCACGUGGAAGGGCCCCACCCAACUCUCUGCUGACACAUCCAUUCCCAUACCCGGCCUCUGGGCGCACAGAGCUUCUGGAACCUCACAGACAGCCCAGAUCCCUCCUUUCACCUCCGGCCAGCCAUCACCAAGCAAGAGGGAGAGCAGAGUUUCCGUCAGUUCUUCCACAAUGUAGGACCUGUCCUUUGCCUUUCAGUGGAUAAAGUAGUUCAGAUUUCAUAGUCAUAGACACAGAAUCCAAUUUUUAACACAAGUCCGCCUAUACACAUUUAAUGAAACAUCGGAUUAUAAACACUUAUUAUUACAUAGAAACUUUGUUAGCAAAGCAGUACAUUGUCUUUUGCAUCAUCUCUGAAAAUGUCCUGUGUCUGCUCUCUGGACAUCGCUGGGGCCACAUGUUUCCUCACCUUCCAGGUCGGGCAGGGGUGAUUGCACACUCAGACCACAUCUGGAGCCCCGGCCCCUUUGUGUUCCUCAAGGAAGGCAGACCUUUGAGGUGCUCUCUGCUACCUUAGGUGGAGACCAGUAGAAUCUCCUGCCGGCUCGCAUGCCUGACAGGAUAAUCGGUGCAGGACCUGCCGUUACUGCAUUUAAGAAAUGACUGGUUAUGUGAUUACCACUCUCUUAAGCUGUUGUAGUAAUUCUGCUUUGUUCAUGGAAGUUUGAAUCAUGGACUGUUACUUUUUAGUUUCCAGAUCAACUAAAGAAACAUUUGCUAUUAAGCCUAAUGUACUGACUAUAUGUCCGCAUUAAAAAAAAAAAAAAAUCUAGACAUGCUUAGAGAGAGAGGAAAUUGAAAACAGAACCGGCAGUGGGGACAAAGCGACAGUGCAUGGCCACCGCCUGUGUUCAGAGCCCUCGACCUCUCUCACUGCACAGCCCCCUGCGCUCUGGGAGGGGAGACCCACACCUGCCCGGGGUGAGAGGACGGAUGGGAUUAUCAGAACUGGGGUGGCCUUCGGCACAAUGACCUGCAUGUGGGGGUUCCUGGCAGAACACCCAGAGUCCUCCUGGCCCCCAUGCCAAGGGCCUGGCUGGUGUGCUGGGCACUCGCCCAGGGGUGCUGGGCAUCACUGCACAGGUCUUUGCAGGGUUUAUGGUGUUAAAGGUCUAUAUUUAUAUCUGCAAACUUGGAAACAAGAUCUCUGUCUACAUUAGCCUAACCAUUGUGUUCUUUUUUAUAUUAUUAUUGAGAAAAAUCACAGGAACAGAUGCCUUUGAAACAUUGGGAAACUUGCUUACAACGCUGUACUGAAUGGUAAACUCCGUCUCCCCAGGACUGGCUGCUUUAAGAGCAGCAGGUACAGAGUGCGGCAGGCAAAAGAAGGGUCACUUGCAGCACUGCUCACCUGGACACCACCUGCUUCCCAAAGCACUGGGACCUCCUGGGCACGCCCUCCUGGUCCAGGCUGGGCAAGCAGCAUGAGGAGACCCCGGAGAGAGGGCAGGGGCUUUGGGCAAGAAAUACUGGUGCUGGGUUUGGCAUGGUCCUUCCUCCCCCCAACCCCUCCCCAGGAACUGGACCAGGCAGGCUCUUCACUGGCCUUCCAGGAGAGGGCUUGCCUUGCAAAUCAGAAGUCCUUAGACCUUGUUCUUUGGAAGUGUCUUCUUCUUCCCUCUCUGUCCCAAUAGGUACCACCCCUUAUGUGUUUCAAACAGGUGGCUUGUGAGUAUUUGGCAAGCUUUGCAGCCUAUUGUUUUUUGUACACUUUCCAUUUUGGAGGGUGAAGCUAUUUAGCUCUAAAGCUCUCUUUACAGAAUUGCCAAGAAUGACGAGUUAUAUUGCCUUCCUUCAGAGAACAGAUGCCUGAAAUUUUUCCUUUAGUGUUUAUGUACAUGCAGGUUAAUUUAUGUAUACACAUAUACAGUAUAAAUAAUCAUUUGAUGCUUUGCUCGUGAAAUGGACAUCUGACGUGUACACUUGAGGAACUUGGUGGCACAUGGGUGUUGGGAGAAGUAGCCUGUGUUGGAUGGAAUGCUGGUACAUGGGGUGCAGUGGGCGGCCCAGCACGAAGCCAUCUCCAAGUGUCUGAGACACACCCUGCCGGCAUCACCCCCGGAACCCUGUCACACCGCCAAAGGGGUGUGUCUGUAGAGAGGAUAUUCUUGGUUAUUUGUAUUCACAUUUCAUUUACGGUCCAAAUAGCAAAACAGAAAAAAUAAAGUACAUAGAUGGACAGGUUCAUUCAAGACAGAGAGAGCAACCCAACCUCAGCACCAACUCACCUUUAAACGGUGGAAAAAUUGGCAUGUUUUCCUCACAUUGUUGGCCCUGUCCACCCACCAGGGCCACACAAGGAAUAACAAGACUGCCCAGGUUAGGGGCCAGAGUGAGCAGAGUGCCUCCCUCCCGUGCUCUUGGGCCGGAGUGGUUAUUGGGGUGUGGGCCUCACGCUUGAAAGAAUAAAAGAUCAAACAUGAUGGGGAGAGAGACGGGACAUCAAGCAGGUGCCUAAAAGGAUAUUGCAGGUACCCAAGGCUUUGGUGCAGAACCAUAAACAUAGCCAACUGGGCACAGAGAAAUAGCCCAGAAAUCAGGACUAUACCCCAGUGCCGGGGGCACGUGGCCCUGCCACAGGACAGAUCGAGGUGGUUUUGCACACGACUGAAGGGGGAGCUUCUGUGACGCCUCUACGGCAGAGGCAGUCUGUGGGCUGCAGAGCUGAAGGUGGGGUGGGGUUAGUCUUUUGAGAGGAGGAGCCUGUUUUGUAAGGUGACUAAUCUUUCCCUGGUCCUCUGCAUGCACUUGGACUCGUCAGAGGCAGUCAAGUAUUUCACUCUUUCUAGUUGCCCAUGUCUUAGCCAUGUUUGGUUUAUUAUUUUUACAGUGAGGUUGUAGAUCCGGUUUUAAGCGGUGAAGCCAGACCAUCAUCUGAUAGAGGAAAUCUGGAUUUAUGGUACACAUAGUUUGCAUAUUUUGAUUACUUGUUUGAGUCUUGAGGAGCAUUUGGUUUGGGAGGAGGGCCCUUCUCCGGGAGUCGUGGGUUCCUGAGCUAGAACGCUGAGUGGGGUGGUGGCCAGCACUGGGCUUCGGCAGACGCUGGAGCGUAGGGCUCCUUUCUGGCUGAGUGACCAAAGCGCCUCGACCAGAGGCCUCCGCACCCUGCUCUUCAGAAACAAAAGGUGGGGGCUCAGCAGAGGGCUGGAUGGUGCCUUAUAGGCUCCCACGUGUACUAAUGGCCGUGGCCCAGCUGGCCAUGGGAGGCUGUCGCCCCAGGGAGUUUCAGUGUGUCCUCCAGGCUGAGAUGUGGCUCGGUCAGUGGUCCUGUGUCUCCUCCUCUGCCUCGGACACCUGUGCCAGGCUGCCUUCCGUGCAGGUGCACUGCCCUUUCUGGUUGGGCCUCGCCUUGCUCUGCACAUUCUCUCCCAUGGCUUCCUGCUUGUGCUGCCCUCUUUGGGCCCUAUUGCCUCGUCUUCCUCUCUUCUCGGACCGAAAUUGGGGAUUAGAGCAGUUUGCCAGUUCAGACACCACACCCAAGUGGAUAAAGGCCCUCUGUGGGAGAGGAGAACAAGCCAAGAAGAAAAUCUUAAAUAAAACCAAACCUGGAGUUUGGGCUUUUCCUCAAGUAUUCCCCCUUUUCCUUGCUCAGACUUCUCCUGGGGCAGGUUAUCAUUUGACUCACCUUUUGUGUGAAAUUUAAAUCUUUAUGUAUCCCACUGCUUUGCAAGGCUCAGUUGUGUUGGAGAAAUAAAUCCUCUAGAUAUGCAAGGUUUGCACAGCCAGCAGCCAGCCUGGGCCAGGAGGAGAAUAGGGUUCAGUUCUCCUCACUCCAGCCUGGAGCCCUCCCUCUGCAGGGACCUCUGAUUCGGCUUCCUCCGCUGCCUGUCCCUCGCACAGGCCGCCCAGCCUCCUGCCCAGCCCUGGGGAGCACCUUCCUCAGCAAAGCUCCAGCACCUGAGAAAGGGAGGGAGUGUGGAGGCCCAGCCUUCUCCGCAAAGUCCCCGCCCUGAGCGAGGCCUGUCUGAGGUGCCCGCCCUCCUGGCUUCUCUGGCCCAUUUGUGAUGCUGAGCCCUGAGACAUGAGGUGCCCGCCCUGCUGGCUUCUCUGGCGCAUUUGUGGUGCUGAGCCCUGCGGCACCAGGGCUGAGGAGACUGCGGGCGACCUUGCAAAAAGAGUGGUGGGUUUGGAUUUGGGCCGAGUGACUGGAUGCAUGCAGGUGGCUCUCGUGGGUGCUGCUUGGCCUGCUCCCCAGCUCAGCUGCAAGUCCAGAGGCUUACAGUUCGAGUUCAUUUCUGCUGGAAUCUAUGUGUCCCCAGUGCAGGUCACACUGGAACCGGGGGCUCACCCCAGUUCUCUCUGGGUUGACCCAGCAUCUGCACGUAGCUGAGAGGAGCACAGACACAGAGCAUUUAGUCCCAGAGAGUCUGCUUCUCUGGUUCUUUAGUCCUGAGCUCACUUGUCAAGACUGGCUGUUCUGUGACCUGCCUGCAAACCUGGCCUCUCCUUUGAGUGGGGCCCUAGUCCUUCAUCAGACUGGAGACAUGACAGUCUGGAUCCCACAGGAACCCAGCAUUCUACCUGCCCCCAAAUCUGGAGCAGGAGUAGAGACCCAAAGUCUGGGAUGGAUGAGGUAGGCCCUGGUUACCAUCUGGACAGGGCAAGCACCUGCAACCUGGAGUUUAAAAAUGAGAUCUUUUAGUUUGCAGGACUGCAAGGAUCCACAAAGAACAUAUAGUUCCUGCCUUGUUGCCGGCCCCAAGGCUCUCACAGCCCUCAGGACCUGGUCCUUGCUGCUGCUCAGGCCUGAGCCAGGCCCAGCGGAGGGAGGUGAGCACAGGGGCAGGCCCUAGGAUGGGGCUGUGGUCCUCUCCUCUCUCCUGCUGUCCACUAAGGGCGGCUGGUAAGCCAGGCUUCCUGUGAGGGAGUGUUUACCUGUUUUAGUGCCUCUUCCUUCAGGAGAUGGCUCUGGUGGCGUGUGUGCACACGUGAGCACUUGAGUGUGUUAGUAGCUUCUCUUUGCUAAUGCUUUAUAACUCCUGUUCUUUCCAUGAUGAGUGGAGGGUUUAAAAGUACUCAGUGUAGCUGGGGCUGCAGUGAACUCUCUGGGAUGACACAGGCUGUUCAGUCACUGAACAUAAAAAGCUGCAAGUGCUCCGUCUUCCCCGCAGGGUACAUGUUAAUCCUGCAAUUUGUGUUUAAAGAGAGAGAAUGUCACUUGCCCCUGGCCCCUGCCCAUACAGGUGUCUCAUUCUUGCAGUUUAAGGGGGCCCCAGGUUUCCCAGAGCCAGGAGGGGAGCCUGCCUCCGCCCUGCCCCCAGUAGGGAGCCAGCAGGGUCGGCCCUGCGCAGUGAAGCCGGCCAGUGCCAGGAGAGAGGUGAGCGCCUGCAUGGAGGAGUCUGCUGGGUUUAUGAGCAGCUGCUUUGUCAGCUGUGUCAGGAGGGCCAGACUGGGCCAUAGUUUAAAAAGAGAAAAUACGCCAACCUUCCCCUCUCCUGCCGGCCAUUGUUCAUUGAAAGUUUACUGCGCACAGUCUUUGUGGAACUCGGGGAGUUUGCCAAAGGCCUGCAGAUUCCUUCCUCAAGGUCCUGAUUCCAGGUUUUCUACUGUCGGGUAGAUUCUGGACUCUGUACAAACCCUUUGUUCCAGAGGGCUGCUGAGAAGUGAGGAGGGGAUGACUGUUGACCAGUUUGCUUUUGGUUUGCUUCUUGUCUCCCAGAGAAGGCUGAAGAAGUGAUCACCUUGGUGCUAAGAGGCAGCUGCCCUGUUUCUGUUUGUCGGGAGGCAGAUUAAAACGUUACCAAACCGUGUAGGAGGGGUCCCACGUCCUGCGGUGGCCACUGUGAGAGCGCAAACGGAGAGGGGCGUUUUGUGGCUUUGUCCUUUAGGCCUGGGUGGAACGGGAUUCUGCCACAGGGGAAUGUUUUUAACAGAUAUUGUGACUUGCCUUUGGACCAUGGCUGUGCCGAGGUGAGGCUGGCACUGGGUCGUCUCCAGGCUCACAAGGUCCCUGUAGGGAUGCUGCUAUUUCUAAGAUGCAAAUUGCACAUUUCCUAGAUUUUGUAUCUGUGGAUGUGGAUAAGAGAAGGCAACAGGGAAAAACUGCUUGUACAAUUUGAAAUGGGCCGAAAUGGUACUUCAAAUCUUUCAAUUGUUCCUAAAUAAAAUUUUAAAUGCA